AUGGAAGGAGUAGACUAUGAUGAGACAUUUGCCCCAGUUGAAGAUGGCGAGUUGAUAGUUGCUCAAGUCUAUAGAGAUGAUAUCAUCUUUGGGUCAACUAAGGAUGAAUUUGCUCAUGGCUUCUCAAAACUCAUGCAAGCAGAGUUCGAGAUGAGCAUGAUUGGAGAGCUGACUCACUUUCUUGGAUUGCAGAUUCGUCAACAAGAUUCAGGCAAAAGUGUAGAUCCUUCUCUCUAUAAAAGCAUGAUAGGUAGUCUUCUCUACCUUACUACUAGUAGACUUGACAUUAGUUACAGUGUUGGAGUGUGUGCUAGAUAUCAGGCUAAUCUCAAAGAAUCCCAUAUAACUGCUUUAAAAAGAAUCAUAAAGUAUGUCAAAACCACUGCUGAGUUCAGUGUGUGGUACAGCAAGGACACAAAUGAUGUCUUAGCUGGAUAUUCUAAUGCUGAUUGGGCUGGGAAUGCUGAUGAUAGAAAGAGUACAUUGAGGGGUUGUUUUUAUGUGGGUAGCAAUCUUGUCUCUUGGAUGAGCAAAAAGCAAAACUCCAUCUCAUUAUCCAUUGUAGAAGCUGAGUACAUCGUUGCCGGUAGCUGUUGCACCCAACUUCUAUGGAUGCAAAAACUCCUCUAUGAUUAUGGUAUUUGUUAA